AUGUCGACCGCCGCCUCCCCAAACAACGCACAAUCGCCACAACCCUCCUCCCCUCCAUCAGUAGAGGAUGAAGCAAUCGCAAUCGUGUGCAAUCGCGCCUUUCACCAGUGUCUAUGGCUCCCGAAGACCCCAUCUCACGAUCGCCUUCGCGUAACGUUCGCAACCACGAGCAACUUCUCCGACUACACGCUGCCAGUAGCUCUGUACUGCGUGCCCAUGUUCGGCAGUCGCUAUGGGAGUCUCAAUUGGGAUCACACGGCCAAGAUCGCUGGGGUGAGGAUGAUUGCGGUGGACAGACCAGGCAUGGGCGGCUCGAGUCUAGUCCCUCUCAACCUGCGAGUCAAAGUGUGGAUUGAAACUGUCCCUGCCGUGCUGCAGGCUCUCGAUGUCAAGCAUAUCGAUCUGCUCUUCUCUCAUUCCGCGGGGACCAUCUAUGCUAUGAACACGAUGUACACGCUCCGCCAUCUUCUCCAUCCUCAACGGCCGUCCGUCGUCUUCUUCGCCCCAUGCGUCCAAGUCGAGCACUCACAGGCCACCCUCAUCCAAGUAGCGUCCAAGAUCCCCAACAGCAUAGUAGGAGGCUGGUCCCCCCUCAAUAAAUUCAUCCAACAAAGAAUCACCCCCAUGACAUCCUGGUCGGGCGGGAUCUUCACCACCCUCGCCGAAACCUUCCAAUCCACCCCCGGAACCGCCGACACCACCGACACCGCCACACCAGGCGAACGCCACGGCACGAGCGAAGCGGUCGGCGCCGCGAUCGACGAGCUCUCGACGCAGUGGUUCUUUGUAGAGGACACGACUGCAGGCACGGAGGAGGCGCGCAUGUGUUUGCGCAAGUGUGAGGCGGGGGCGUGGGGCGUUUGCGAGGACUACGCGCAGUUUGUGCGGAUGUUUGGGGAGUUGGAACGCGGGCGGCGGGAGGCUGGUGGGAGUGAGGCGCGGGCGGUGGAGAGGGUGAAGGUUAAGGUUUUCUUUGCGGAGUCGGAUGUUAUGAUUGGGAAGAUUGGGAGGCGGUAUUUUGAGGAGUGUUGGCGGCAGAGGGGGGUGGAGGAGUGGGUUGAUGUCGAGACGGUUGAUUUAUCUGGGACGAAUCACGAUAGCUCGAUUGGGGAUUUGAAGAAAGGGGGUAUGAAGGGCAUGUUGGAGGAGUUGGGGAGGAAGGCGAGGGAGUAA